CCGACUGUGCAGCUCAAAUUCAUAGCUCUCCUCGUCGCGCGAUUGCUAUGCAGGCCAUCUCCAGCGUCACCAACGAGCCACCUUUGCAGCCGCUGUGUAUAAUUUCUUCUAGGAAACAGGCCGUUAACAAGUCCGGGGCUACAGAGGUGUUUUUAAGCCUCGCAGAGGCCGAUGAAAUCGAGGAGAAUCUUGAUGUCUUCGUUUGUGUAUACUGUCGCGAACCGCCAGGCAUGGAUCAUGGGGUGAUGCUUACUUGCACGUCGUGUGGUGCCAUGGCAUGUUAUGGGCAGGACGGAGACUGCAUUCAGCCAAAAGCUGAUGUAGCUUUUGACCCUAGUGCCUUUGUGUGCCCGGUUUGCAUGCAACGCAGCGGACGGCGGUGGAAUUACAUUGCGUCAGACAUCGUGAAGCAUCUCAUAAACCCUGCUGUCUCGGUGAACCCGGUCUUGCUCGUUACCGCGUUCUUCGAUCGUCCGGGCUACUUCGGCCCUCUCCUCUCCACCCAAAUGCACGCGGAGUAUGAUUUGGUGCCCUACCUGAUCAACCACGUCGAUGUCCAUCUUACAGUAGAGGGUACUGGCCGCCGCCUGGCAACGUCGACUAAGCAGGCGCGAGAGUGGUUGAAGAGCCAAGAGUGUCUUAAUCCUGCAAUGCUGCUGGUCAUCGAAGCACACAGUGACCCCCUAACAGGCCACCUCUCUUAUCGCCGGAAUAAACAGCAGAAGUCCUUGGUAGCAAGUGCACGUGAAGUGGCGAGCAUGCUGCUCAGUGAUAUCUACAAUGACUUGCCUCGGAUGUCAGGGCUGCGUGGGCUUGUACUCCAUGAACAGGUUUUAAAGCAACUGGUCUAUGAAAAGCGCUUCAACUUCAUCGUUGGUUUUGUUGCAAGUGGUGUCGUGCCACCCAUGGUCGGCAUCCCUCUGCUGACGUGCAUUUGUGCUUUGUAUCUGAAGCACAAGCAAAUCCUCGAUGCAGUUGUUCAAGCUUUCGGUGCCGACUCCAACUGUCUCAAGACGGUGGGUGUGCACCUCACAUAUCAUGACCUGGUGGGCAAGAUCCAGCAGCAUGCAUAUGUGCGGGGUAACAUGGGUCGUGCAUGGGGCAUCAUGUUCCAAUGCCCGAAUAUCGAGUGUUCGGGAUGUUCUGCAGACGUGCGGCCCCGCAAACAUAAAACUCACGACACCUACCGGUUCCGGUGCGAUGCGUGUCACUACAGAACCAAAGAGUACAUUGGUAUGCCUGCUUGGAUUGAGCUAGUUGGCACGGAGCCGCCAGUGUACCGUUAUCCACUCUUAGUCAAUGGUGAGGAAGCCACCCGGUACUUCAUUGGCAAGCUUGAAUUGGUGGAGUGGGAGAAGGUGGAGGAUCGCGAAGCAUAGACCGUACUGUUCGGACGGACGAGCCUAGUCCGUUUCUUAGACUAGUGUUAUGUGGAGUUCUAAAUGGGAACAUUGUCUACAAUU